AUGCCUUACACCACAUCCACGUCUGCCGCCGUUCCAACCCGUUUCUCUCCUUCUGCAAUCUCAAGCGGGAACAUCAGCUCAACGCCUCCGCUACCCCAAAACCCGCCCAACAACCCAACAACCUCUGUGCUGGAACCCUCGACCUCUCCUCUGACCACCCGCAAGCUGUCAGCUGCCUUCUUCAGUUCCUCUAUCUUGAUGACUACCUUCCUUCUAAGGUCACACAGUUGCCUUAUAAAUCUACGGACCAUCACCAAGAAGAGGACAGUCCCUCACCUUCUCCCAACAAAGACCAUGCCAAUCCGGUCUAUGCACUUGCCGACUGCUACGACAUCCCCGACCUGA